UAUAUCUCCCAUUUCUAUCCCACUGCAUAUUCAUCUUCUUUCUGUCAAACUCUACACAACCUUCCCCCGCGACCAAUUCUACCUCCGCUAAACAAACAAAUAUACAGGAUCUACUAUAUUGUACCAUGCCCAUACUCAAAUGCCCCAGCUGGAAUCGCCCUUACAGCCCGAAGCCUAGUCUCCAGAUAACCCCAGCAGAGACCACCAAGCUAACUCCCAAACGCAAGCGUUCAAACCCAUCCCAAUCCCAAUCCUCGUCCCCACAACCCUGGAACUGGAACUGGAGCUGGGACUGGGAGUGGGACUGGGAAUCGACACCCUCGCUCUUGGUUUCAUCUUCAUCACCACUUCUAAUACCCUCUCCUUCACUCUCACCUUUAUCCAUCCACCCAAGAGCAGAAACCAUCCCUAGAGUCAAACCAAAAGCCUGGCUCUCUGUUGCAAAGGCCAUACUCCACAACCUCAAAACAGGGACAGGAACAGGCGCGGACCCCAUAAACAGAGCGUUACUGAAGAGUCUAGAAGAUGCCGCGUGGAUAGUCAAUGAAGAGAUCACCGGGAUUGAGACGGUGGGGGAGGUGAGGAGGUGGGGUGGUGUUUCUGUGCGCGAGGCCGUAGAGAUAGUGGAAGAGGCCGAGAGUAAUAUCUGGGCUUGUCUUGAUAGGAUGCGGGCUGAGAUUGGGGAAAUAUAUGGCGAUGAGAGGGAUAAUAAGGCGAAGGAGGCUAUUCAAUGCCUUCUGAUGGGGAAUAUCGGGGAGGUUGAUGCUUUGUUAGAGUGUAUGAAUAAUGUAUGAACAGGAACUAGAAGGUGGAAAUUGACUUCAUAAUG